UGAUCAGAUAGGACAAACGCGGUGGAGUUACAGGGGGGGGGGAUUAGAAAGAGAGACACACAAAAAAGAAGAAGAAGACGGAUCUCUAUUAGAGCUGUUUUGUCAGUGGAUGUGUAUGCAUGAGUUCUGCACCGAAUGGGCGCAAAACCCGCCCCAGAUCCGCCGGGAACAUCUUCCAGAUCGGCAAGCCUCCUUACCGAGACCCGGAGAGGAGGGAGAGCACCGAGAGCACCCGCAGAGCCCAGCGCGCCGUGGCCGACUGCAGAAUGAUCGUCCAAGAGUUCAACACGCUCGUGGCGCUGUACCGCGAGCUGGUCAUCUCCAUCGGGGAGAUCGCAGUGGACUGUCCCUCUUUGCGGGCCGAGAUGCUCAAAACCAGGACUAAAGGCUGCGACAUGGCGAGAGCGGCCCACCAGAGCCUCUCCCUAAUAUCCGGGCCCGAGGAUGGGGAGAUCCACCCCGAAAUCUGCAGGCUCUUCAUACAGCUUCAGUGUUGCCUGGAAAUGUACAUCACCGAGAUGCUCAAAUCUGUGUGUUUGCUUGGAUCCCUGCAGCUCCACAGGAAAGGUAAAGACUCCUGUGGACCUCCCAGGAUUGACAGUAAGGCGGAGGAGAGCUCAGACAUCCCUAUCCUUGAGGACACCUCUUCUUCCCCAACCGACUGUCCUCAGCUUUGCUGGCUGGUGGCUACUGACAUAGAAAACAUAGAAAAAGAUAUGAGAGAAAUGAAGAACCUUCUAAGUAAACUCAGGGAGACCAUGCCUUUACCACUGAAGAAUCAAGAUGACAGCAGCUUGCUGAACCUGACUCCAUACCCACUGGUCCGGCAGAGGAAGAGGCGGUUCUUUGGGCUCUGUUGCCUGGUAACCAGCUAAGGUCCCCGCCUUCCUGGGAGGGAGGCGGCAACAAAGACAACAUUACCCACUGUCCUCACCACUUGUGUCUCCCACCUAAUCUAUUACUGCCAUUUUCAAAUAAAUGAUCUCUUUCUCCUUUUA